AUGGAUCGCUUGCAGACUGUGGAGGAACCCCUUGAAGUGGUCGUAACCUACGCUCUAAAGUAUGGCGAGCGCGCAGGGAGAGACCUAAACCUAGUGGUUCUCAGAAAAGGUACGCCCGGUCUGGAAGCUGAGAGUGAGGAAGUCCUCGCGGCUAUGACGGCUGUCUAUCGCGCCAGGAAAGCCGCUUGGGAUGUUGCGGACCUCUAUGGUCUUCAUACUGAAAGCUAUGAUUGGAGAUUUUUCCAUGUCAAUGACAGUGGUCAGUACUCCAGGCUGUCAUUGUCUUGGGAUACAGAUCGACAGAAGAUAGUCGGUCUCCUCUGGAAGAUCAUGGAUCAAGCGAUAAUAUUGGCUCAGCCAGGUCGAGGUGUUAAUGGUACCAUGCAGUAA